AUGACUCCACCCCCACCGCAGCAACAACAACAUUUCGUGUUCGACAGCUCGAGUGAUCCGUCUGGGUUCUCGAUGAACAGUCAAUCUGUGAGUCACUAUUGGCGUGUACGAGGUAUCAAUGAAACUGCGAUUCAUGUGGUCCCGUCUGUUUGUGUGUGGAUCACAUCACCAGCAACCGAUGCCAUCACCACAGCCGAAAAAUUAAAAGAAGAGUUGUUAGUCAACUGGAACGAUGCAAUCGAUCGUCUUCUACAAGUAGUGUGCAAUUUUAUGCGACAAUUUCUCAACCGGAUCAUUGACAACGAUGGUGUAAACGUGACAGAUCAAGCAGCAUUAGAACGGUUACUCACGCUAUUGGACGAGUCGUAUCCGCGUUAUCCGACCGGGGUUUAUAACACGGAAAUCGCCACCCUACUGGACACCGUCCGAGAUUUGUGUGGUCGAAGGACUACAGCGUGGGAUAUCGGUCUACGUGCGGAAGCGAAGUUGAAGGAUACAAAUUCUGCCAGUGCUUCUGUGGCUGUAACCCAGAUGGAAUCUGGAAAAAUGCAUAUGCACAAAUCACGAAAAUUUGAGACUCGGUUCAGCACAACUAUGGAAUGGCACGAAACACAGCAACGAAUAGUUCAAGAAGCGCACCGAUUGAUGUAUUCGAUCGAGACUAUACACGAGGUUUCACGGCUAGAUUUACAAAGAGUGCAGCAGAUAGUGAUCGAACUGCGGAGAUUGAAUCGAACACACUGGGAGCAACAAACCAGUGGAUCGUCUGUGACUGAAACGGACCAACUGUACGAGACCAGCCCUUCGGUCACCAUGGAAUCGACAACGAAUGAAGAUCAGGAACAGAGUAGCACAUCUUCUAUGACAAUUGAAUCGCGUUAUCUGCGUGAAUUUUAUGAUCGGAAAUACACCCUGACCGAGAUUGAAGAGAGGCGAUUGGAAAUUCUUCGACAACGGAAACGAUUGAAUCAGAUAAAUAUCGAAAGAACAAUAGAUCUUGGGGCAUUGUUAGCUCGGCCAAGGGAAGUAUUAGAACGAUAUACCACAACCACAAAUAUUCAAAUGCGACCAAGCACAGAUCGAUACAAUGUGGUCUACGUGGAGGUCACACCACAGCCUAGUGAUACCGAUAAAGUGCCGGAGGUCCGUACAGAUGCGGGGACACAAACAGAUCUAACUGAGCCCAAAUCGGAAAGUGCGGAAAAAUCGGUUCAGAGUGCCGACUGGCUGAAUGAAACCGCCCCGAUCGAGAUCACCGAUAGUACUGUGAUAGUGACCAAAUCGAAAUCCGAAUAUCUGAACGAAACUGUUCAAGUCGACUUGGACCAGUACAUAGCUAGACGGGAACCGACAAUCCAGGUCGACUCUGCUUUCUACUCACAAAGCAUGCCAAAAUUGGAAGAAAAAACAGUUGGUUAUAGACCGAAAACCCAAUUGGUCGAUAGAAAUGAUCAAUGGGUACAAACAGCAGCAUGGCAGCUAGAAACACAGAUACACAAACAACAACAACAACAUCAACAAUUAUAUGAACAAGCGGAAUGUGUGCGGCGCAAUACAUAUAUGAAUCGCGGUACCGAAAUCAAGCCACAACAUAGUAAACCACUGACGGUAGAUGAGUUAAUGGACUACACGGUACACGUUGAAUUCGUACCAACUGGAACCGUGAGACACGAGUUGCGAACAACAGCGAGAGAUGCAACAACACAAUUCGAGCGCGAAAAAACGUACAGAAACAACGGUUCCGAACAUGUAUGGGUUGGAAUGGAGAAACCCGGAGAAGAUAUAAUCAUCACGUCACUAGGUUACAGGCCAACAGCACCGCAGAAAGAAAAGACAGAAAAGAAAAGUGUAUCGAUUCAGACAAGUCGAACAAGAUAUAUGGAUUCGAAAACAAACGUGACGCAAACCACACGCCCAUUCAAACCAGAAAUGGCAAUACCAAGCGACGGACACUACCAGGAGAACCAGAUAACUCAGAUGACACAAACACAGGAACUGAUGAUCACACAGGACGACAUAGUAUACAGAAAAAAACCGGAACGCAAAACAGACCAAAACGUACAAACAGCUGAAUACCGGAAAUAUAUAAACAGCUCGGCACAAAACGAAUUUCAACCACAACAGCAAAAAAAAGAGUUGGUGGAAAAAAUAGCACAUUAUGAAAAACAAACGCAACCAGCAACCAAAGAAUUGACAACUAAAAACAAAAAAGAUAUCUCGACAGAAACUCCACAG